AUAAGCGCGUGCGCGAGAAUCCGAGCCCAGAGCGCAUCCCAAAGCAGCGCGCGCGAGGCUGAUGUGGUGACGGAGGAAUAAUAAUAAAAAAAAUAGAUAAAGAAUUUGUGUUUUUAUAUACAGCGGAAGAUCAGAGGUAUAUCCUGCAUUAACAUUUCAAAUAAGAAAGCGGCUGAGCUUCUAUACUGAUCAUCAGAGCGCAGUUCAACUGAAACCCUCUACGGUUCUCUCUCUAUGGGGAAGCUAGAAGAUGGAGGACAAAAGCCCACGUGUAGCGGACUACUUUGUGGUGGCAGGACUCACUGACUCCUCAGAACCCUUCGAAGAGGACAAGACAUGCCAUGAAAGCUGCCAGAGGAGCUCAACCCAAGCCGAGGCUCCAAUCACAGAUGUGGCGGUGGUGUUUCGCUCUCAGGGCGAGGACGUGCCGCGGGGCUAUAGCUGCAUCGAGUGUACUCCCUCGGGCCAUCCCGCUGAACUAAAUGGAGGCAGCAUCAUGGGCCCACAGAUCUUCUUGUGCUACAGGCGAGGACGAGACAAACCGCCUCUCACUGACCUUGGUGUCCUGUAUGAGUGGAGGGAGAAGCUAAAACCAGGAUGUCACAUCAUCCAAACCACACCUUCCGGUCGCCCUGCCAACAUCAGCAGCUCUUCUUCACAGAGAAUUUACAUCACGUACCGCCGUGCACCCGAGUGCCAUUCUCAUGCCACGUUAGCCGUUACAGACGUUUGUGUUAUCGUUCCCGGCAAAGGAGAAACACCACCAUAUGCCUUUUGCAAAGUGGAUAAAAAUCUAAACAGCAGUAUGUGGGGGUCCUCUGUGUACCUGUGCUACAAAAAGUCUUUGGCUAAAACGAACACUCUUGCAUUCAAAGCAGGCCUGCUGUCACGGUACCCAGAAGAGGACUAUGAAUCGUUCCCUUUGCCCGAGUCAGUGCCCCUCUUCUGUCUGCCAAUGGGAGCAUCCAUAGAGUGCUGGCCCUCUCGAACAAAAUACUCUCUCCCUGUAUUCUCAACAUUUGUUCUCACUGGAGCUUCUGGAGAGAAGGUUUAUGGUGCAGCGAUCCAGUUUUACGAGGUGUACCCAGAAGAGCGUCUGACUGACAGACAGCGCACACAGCUGGGCCUGCAAGCCAUUGGCCUUAAUGCUGAGGACUCCAUCACGGUCCACACCAACAAGAGCAUCUGCCUUCUUUCUCGCUGGCCCUUUUUUGACGCUUUCCGCACUUUCCUCACCUUCCUGUACCGCUACUCAAUUUCUGGGCCUCACACAUUGCCCAUUGAGAAGCAUAUCUCUCAUUUUAUGCACAAAGUUCCUUUCCCAUCUUCUCAAAGACCACGCAUUCUGGUCCAGUUAUCGCCACACGAUAGCCUCAUGUUGAGCCAGCCUGUCUCCUCUCCUCUGCCUCUGAGUGGUGGAAGUCUGUCCACACUGCUGCUAAACCUGGGUCCUAAAAACGCAGUGACUCUUCUGGUUCUGGCUGUGACCGAACACAAGAUUCUGGUGCAUUCACUGCGGCCAGCUGUGCUAACCAGUGUUACCGAGGCUCUGGUGUCCAUGAUCUUUCCCUUCCACUGGCCAUGCCCAUACAUUCCCCUGUGCCCACUGGCACUGGCUGAUGUGCUGAGUGCUCCAUGCCCCUUCAUAGUUGGUGUGGACUCGCGCUAUUUUGACCUGUAUGAGCCACCGGCUGACAUCAGCUGCGUGGACUUGGACACCAACACCAUCUCGCACAAAGAAGAUCGCCGAGCCCUGACAUGGAAGAUCCUGCCAAGGAAAGCCUGCAAACGUCUGAUCAACACCCUCAGCAAUCUCCAUCAGCAGCUGGUGCAGGAUUAUUUGCUGAGUCGCGAGGAAGGCCAGAUAGAUGCAGCCAUGAGUGAGCGGGACCCUGGCAGUGGCAAGAAGAGUCUCCAGUCAUUAGAGCUAGAGAUCCAAGAAGCCUUCCUGCGCUUCAUGGCCGCCAUCUUAAAGGGUUACCGCUCCUACUUGCUUCCCAUUACUCAGGCUCCCUCAGAAAAAGCGACCGAUGCCAGCUCUCUCUUUGACCUGCAAGGGUUCCUGAAGAGCCGUGAUCGCUCCCAUCAGAAGUUUUACUCCCUCAUGACCAAGACCCAGAUGUUCAUUCGCUUUAUUGAGGAGUGCUCUUUUGUCAGCGAUAAGGAUGCAAGCUUGGCGUUUUUUGAUGACUGUGUAGACAAGGUGGACAGUGAGAAGCCGGAAGACACCAGGCUUAUUGAGCUGGACAAAUCGCAUCGCAGUGAGCACACAGUGUUCAUCACACCUCCAGAGCUACCACCUGUGCCUGAGGGAGAGGAGCCCUCCGUACUUUAUAGCUACAGCGGCUUUCCCGUGCUGAAUGCUGAACUCUGUGAACCCCAGGAGGGCCCAGGCAUCCCUAUGGCAACUUCAAACUCCAGACACACCAGCCCAGGGAGCCCAGCAGCCAUUUUCCGCCGCUCUAAACAGGAGAUUAAAUCAGCCCAGCGUAUGGCCAAGACAUACUCAUCCAUACCUCACAUGUGGUCCAAGUGUCUGCUGCGCCACUGCCAUGGCCUGUGGUUCAUCUGCCUGCCAGCCUAUGUAGCAGCGUGCCACUCUAAGGUCCGGGCACUCCGAGCUGCCUAUGAUGUCCUGAGGAUGAUGCAGGACAAGAAGCUACAGCCACCUGAUGAGGUGUGUUAUCGGAUCCUGAUGCAGCUCUGUGGUCAGUAUGGGCAGCCAGUCCUGGCUGUUCGGGUGCUGUUUGAGAUGAAGAAGGCUGGAGUUCAGCCUAAUGCCAUAACAUACGGAUACUAUAACAGAGCGGUGUUGGAGAGCACAUGGCCUUCGUCCACUAGAGGGGGCUAUUUCCUCUGGGGUAAACUGCGCAACGUGGUCCGGGGUGUGGUGCAGUUCAAACAAGUGUGGAGGAGACAGGCUAGUCAUUCCAAAGACCCCCAUCUCUCAGACGCCAGUGACCUGGACAGCGUGAGCCACGGCAGUCUGGACAGCACUAAUGACUCAGCAGAGCGAGGAUCUAUUGAUACUGACUUCACCAAAAUGGACUCCAGCGAUGAUGGAUCCAGCACAGGUGGACAAUCAGAUCAGGGCUAUGACUCAUUGUCUAAAGAGGAGGUGCGGAUUGGGGGAGGAGAAGAGCAGGACAGCUCUCCUCACAUGAAGGAGAAGAAGGAGAGAGACAGCAUUCCACUGCCCAAGACAGGAGCUGUAUCUAUAAAAAAGGACUCAUCUGCUGCCCUGAGACCACUGUACCCCUCAGGUAUAAGAGACAGUGCAGCUGUACCCAAGCGUCCCAACUCAUUGGACAUCUUUGGGAAAAAUACUGUGAGGCCCAGUACAUUAGAGCUGACUUCUGAUCAGCUGCUUAACGUCUCUGAAGAGUGUGAACAAAAACAAGCUUAUCUGGAUGAGGAGGAGGUCGAGGAAGCAACAGGCACCACAUACCCACUCAAACCUGCCGCAGAGAGGAGCACAUGUUGCACAGUUGCCACGGAGACUAGCAUUAGCAAUUCACGCUGCAGUGUGGCACGGAGCGUGAGCUUCAGCAGCACUCUAGGCCAUGUGCCGCAACGAGCAGGUAUCGAGUCUGGCUUUGAUCCGUUAUCCCUUCUGGCAGCCGAGAGCAAGGCUGGCAUGCCAGAUGAGCCAGGAGAAACAAAUGAUGCCCCUGGCAAACGCCGUCACCUGGCUGAGGAGAUCCAGCUUCACAUGGAGCACCUGAGCAGCCCUGUGAGCCAGCGUUCACUCAGCACUGAUCUACGCAGCAUCCAGAGCCCCUCGUCACACAGCUCACCACUGCAGACUGUUAUACCAGGCUCGCCAAGCACCCAGUUACAGCCCCAGCCCCGGAGCAGACUAUUCUCCUCACCCUCACUGCCACUGGGAUGCCCACGUAGGAGCAAGGAAGCCCGGCCCACCUCAUUAGCAUCACCCUCCUCGCCCACACCUUCUGCCUCCUCCUUCUCCAUGGAAUCCCUGCUCACACCCACAUUAGACGUAUUCAGGAACAGCUUCAUGUCUGCAGGCAAGGGCGUGGCUGAGAAAGCCAGCCGUCUCUAUUCGAGGCUGUCCUCACAGACUUCCAUUGCACAGGAUCUGAACUCUGAUCGGGUCAGCGUGUCUUCUCUGGGCUCAGGUGAGCCUGACUGCUCAUCUCUGUUUGAGGGUGAACUCUGUCCUGACCCAGAAGCGCUCUCCUCCCCCCAGAGAGAUGCCUCUGUCAGCGUCGCUUCCUUCAAGAGGAGUCCUAACAGGAACAGCCGCUGCUUAGAGAGUCCUCCUGCACCUCCCAGGCUUUUCCGCCAGGCCUCCCUCCUUGGAUCAUCACUGGCAGUAGUGAAAGCUCCACAAACCCCAGAUGUGUUUCCUGAUGCUAGCCUCACACCAGCCCAGCAGAAUUAUGACAUAGAGGUACGCAUGUCCAGUUGCUCACGCUGCAACACCUGCGAGUGCCUGGCAUAUGAUGAGGAGAUCAUGGCUGGCUGGACAGCUGAUGACUCCAAUUUGAAUAGCACUUGCCCUUUCUGUGGCUCAGCCUUCUUGCCCCUGCUUAAUGUGAACAUCCAAGACCUGACCAGCCGGGACAGAAUUCCUGUUCGAGACCUGCCUAGUUCCCAGACGGAAACAAAUGGUGUUUCAGAGAUUCAGGAGGAGCCAAGCAGUGAAUCUACAGACAGAGCCUCCAACAGUGCUAGCAGUAGUACAGAGCCAAUCACUGUGCCCUACUUGAGUCCUCUGGUGCUGUGGAAGGAGCUUGAGAGCCUCUUGGAGAACGAGGGCGAGGAGGUUAUCUCCUCACCUGCCAUUGUGGACCACCAUCCCAUUGUCUUCUGGAAUCUGGUGUGGUUUUUCCGCAGGCUGGAGCUGCCCAGCAGCCUGCCCGCCCUUAUCCUUAGCUCCAAUCACUGCAGCCAGAACAUGCAGAUUGAUCCACAGACCGUCCAGAGCAAUGCCUCAGAGGACAGUAAGAAUGUGUUAGUCCAGAUUUUGUGGGACAACCCCAAACUGCACCAGGACCCUAUCCCACCCUGCUACAUGCUGUGGAAUGCGCACUGUUCAAACUCUAAUGUUUGUGCCUCCUCUGUGCUGGAGGAGAAACAUCCUGUGAGCCUGGAGCUUCUCCAGAGUGUUGUCAAGAGCAUUCAGAAGAAUGAUGUCUACCAGCCCAUGAGCCAGAUACUUCAGCUGCUUGGUACCAGACUGGGAUUCAUCAGGCAACGGAGCCUGUAUAGAGACAUCCUAUUCUUGACAUUGGUAGCAUUGGGCAAGAAUAGUAUCAACAUUGAUGCUUUUGACCGUGAGUACAAGUUAGCGUACGAUCGACUGACCCCCAGCCAGGUCAAGCUGACUCACAACUGUGACCGCCCACCCGGUGCUGGAGUCAUGGAGUGUAGGAGGACUUUUGGGUUGCCGAGUCUGUGAUUUCUCUCAUCCCAUGGUUCUCUCACUUCUUCUUUCUCUCCUUCAGUCACCAAGAGGAAGAGAUGUGAAAUCUGAGACAGCCAAAGAAGAAGGAUUCACUACUUCCAAAGCUACCUCUGGCUCGAAACAGGGCCAUGUAGACACUUUGAGGCAUUUUCCAGCUCUCUGUUAAAACCAACAUGUGUGUGGCCCAUUCCUAUUUACUGUGUACUACCUUUAAACACUAUGUCAUAUAUUGUAAAUGGUUCUGUUUACCUCGUAUAAUCCCCUAAAUUUCAACCUUCUACACAUUUCACUCUGGAUUCCCAGGACACAUUUAAACAUUUAGCCUCACUCAGGUAAUAUUGACUACCGAGGCCAUUGUAGAUUAGGAGCAAUAUCAUCUAGUGCUCAGGUCAUAGCAUCACUCAUCACUAUUAAAUCACACAGAGAGGACAGUGGCAUGGUUUUGGGACCAGUAGCAGUAUGUAUUGUAUUAGUUAGGACCCUUAGUAGAAAAGCACAAUGAACAAACCCGUAUGAAACUUUGAAGUUUUCUGAGAUUCCUCUCACAGAAGCACUUGUAUAUUAAAACAAAAGUCACCUUUCUGUAUAUAACCUAUUAUUCUAUUAUUUAGAAUAUUUGUAUUAUAAAGGUAUAUUUUAAACCUUGUAUUUGUUAUAACUGAGUUGUCUUCAUACGUAAAGACAGUACCAAGCAGUGUAUUGGUUUUAAUUUGCAAGUGUGUUGUCUAUGAAUAUGGUCCUGGAGACCAUUUAUCGUGAUAUCUGUGAAGCGUAUUGUCUUUUGAAUAGGUGAGGUACAGAACUGGACCAAAUCGGAUGUUAACUCAUAAAUUAAAUGACUGUUUAAGGAGUGACGAAAGGUGACUAAUAAUAUAUGAAUAUUGUAAUCCAACUAAACAAUGCCUUAUGAAAGGUCAAAUGAGCUGCAGAACUGAAUGGAAACCAACUAAAAAUGCAUAGAAUACAUUUAAACUCUUCUCUUACAUACAGUAUUAGGGAUGUACCAAUUCUAUAACUACAGGCUUAAAUGAAUAAUUUCCAUUUUCACAUAAGCUGAUGCUUUUAUUUUAAAAUUGUGUUUAAUUAAAGCACACCUAUGGAUACUUUGGCAUCUUAUUAAACACAUUAAGGGAAUACUUAGGUCCUGUCAGACAGUUUUCAAUAUGUUUGUUUUCUCUCUCUCUUUUUUUAAAUAUGUCUUUAUACAUAAGUUAAAUCUGCAUGUACAAACAUAGACGUGUUUACAAAAUGGCAGUGUUCUGCUGUUGGAGCUUUUCAUUCCAGUAUUAUCACAUUUUAUUUAAUAUAUGAACUGUUUAUCGUACAAUUUGAAAUGGUACGUAUUUAUGGUACCUGAGACGAAAUUUACAGAUAUAAAGAGCACACGUGCAUUUAAUUCUGUUAUAUCUGUAACAGAACACUAUCUGAGUGAAGAAUUUACGUUAGCUGCAAGAAAUAUAUAUUUGCAUAGCUUAAUCUAACUUAAUUUGCUUUGGUAAUACUAAUUUAAGCUACACUGUACACUUUAUUGCUCAGUGUAGUAGUACACAGUCUACCAUUAGGAACUGUUACAUAUUAGGCAUUGUAUGCAUUACACUUGGCAUGUGAUGUUUAUGUCACUAGCUGUAAUGAAGAAUAUCACUCCAAAGAAUUAUAGUCUACUCAUUUUGACCAGAUGCUGUGCAAGUAUAUGAAAUUUGAUGCCCUGACACUGCCAUUCAUGAUUUUGCCUGUUUUCUAUAACCUAAAUCCUUAUCUGGCUGCAUUACUAAAAUCUAACUGAUGUUUUGAGUGGCAAGCUAAUUACAAAUAUAUUUCAGUGUGUAAUAAGUUCAAUAUUGUUGAAAGUUGGUUUAUGAAAUGAUUUUUGUAAGUUAAAGUACUGUUGUGGCCCAAUGCGUUUUACACAUAUUAUUUCUUAUGUUUAUUCCUGUUUAUAUUGUAUAGUCCUUAUUUCGCCAGAUCAAGGUGGGAUCUGCAAAAGCUGUUUAUAACUGUAAAUAAACUCACUUGAAUGGUCAA